UUUUGCCUAAUAAAGAAGCUAGUCAAGCUUGAAAAAUUUACAUCAUGUGUUAUGUGCAUUUUGGCUGACCAGUAUAAAGAUACUACUCUUUUGUGGAUGUUGGGUUUUGUUUUAUUUUGCUGUAUGGCCACAGCACAGCUAACCCUGAAUACACAUACAACAUACAGGCCACCACGAUGUCAAGGGAGGGAAAAACUGUCAUUUCUAGUAAAUGAUAUAUUGAAGCUCUCGGUGAUCUUAAUCUGAAAGUUUGCGGAAGUUGAGGAUUGCAAUAUUGCACACUUCUAACAUUAGGAAGGGGGAGAGGAGGAAAUCAUGUGAACAUUUAUUUAACAGCUACUGCUCUUCCUGUUAGGUGGUUUAGCGAGGCUUCAAGUACAUUUUGAUGAGUAAAGUUUUGUCUUUUCUCACAGCAAGCUACUCCCUCCGAAACAUUUAAAGCAUUUAAGGUCUGUUUUGACAUCCGACUACAUGAGUAGCAAGUACUUCUGAUAUGGAAAGCUGUAGGACCAUACAGUGAAGUGUACAGAGGUCCUAUAUGUCAAAUGUGGGCCCAACAGGAAGAAAAUGGAUGAGAAGGUGAUAAGCUUUUUUCUUCAAUAAAGUGAACCAUGUGGAACUCUAUGAGAAGAAGGUCAGGAGAUCUUUGCUAACAAAGGGUACAUGCUCACUCCAGGAGAAUAAGAGGAACAGCAGAGUGCAUGAAGAGGGAUAUGUAUUUCAGUUAAGGUCUUAAGAAAAAUAAUCUUAUAUUCAUAUGAAAUCCCUAAAGUUAAAACAAGGCACUGCUUGCACCAGACUGGGAGCCUGAAGUCCCCUUGUUUGUGGGAGACAGUAGCACUAAGUGUUAUCCUGCAAACCAUCUGUGUUCAGUAGGUGAUGAGUACGAAAAUGAUGACCUGCAAGGAAAAGGACUCUUUUCAUUCUUCUUCAGAAGUAUGACACAAUGCAAAUGGAUCUGAAAUAAACACAAAAUCAACACAGGCAGUUCUGUGUUAACACAUACAACUUUUUUCGAUUCCUGAAAGGCUUCAGCAACACGUGUCUCCUGAAGGGGUUCAUAGGAGUCUCUAAACAGUGUUGUUAGAAACAGGAGAAAAAAUGUCCAGGGAACUUGAUCUCAAUUUCCUUAAGGGCCUGGAGCAAGAGAUUAUUUUAGAGGUCCUGCAUCGUGACCAAAUAUUAAGAAAGGUGGAUGAAGAAAGAAUAAGAAAUCUGAAAAUACAGCUGCAGAAACUUCGAUGGAAGAGGGCAAAAAGCACAAGCAGUGAAAAUCAGGCAAAGUCAUGUGCCCGCUGCCAGAGGUCUCUUGGAAUGCUGAUAAACAGAGGUGCAGUGUGCAACGGGUGCAGUCAUCAAGUGUGCUCCGGAUGUCGCAUCUAUCUGAAACCCUCCCUGUGGAUGUGCACUAUCUGCUAUGCUUAUGAGGAUGUUAAAGUGAAAACAGGGGAGUGGUUCUUUGAGAAGCGAGCAAAGAAAUUCCCCACUGAAGGUAGACGUGAAACUGCCGGUGCAAAGCUCUUGAAAUCUUAUCAGCUACUAAGUAACAUAUCGGUUGUUCCUCCAACUCCCCCUCCAUUUGCUGAGUCCACAACUGGAGUUAAUACUGUGGAACAUGACCAGAGUAAAAGUUUCCACAGGUCUAUGGAAAACCUAUUUCUGUCAUUUACUACACACAUCAGAAAAAUGUCAAAGUCCCAAAAUGAUAUGACAGCUGAGAAGGGUUUUCUAACAGCAAAUUAUGUGCAAGAAAUGGAUCCACUGAAGGAAAGGAGAACCAUGUCUGAUACUGCAAUUGAUAUGGCCUCCAAGUUAAAAGAAUCCCCAAGUCUUCAGCAUCUCAUAAGUGGGGAACAAGACAACAAUGAAACUGCUUUCAAAAAUACUUCUAGUGAAGAGUUCAUUCUAUCCAGUUCUACAAGUGAAACUGUAUUUUCUGCAGGCAUAAGAAGUGGUAGUUUAUACAGCGUUAGCAGCACAUGCACAGAGGCAGGGAACUUUGAUAUAGCUGAUGUCAGUGGUGAAAUAGAAUUUGCCAUCAAAUAUGUCUUCAGAACUGGAACGUUAGAAGUGUGCAUCGGGGCCUGCAAAAACCUAGCUUAUGGGGAAGAGAAGAAAAAAUGCAAUCCGUAUGUUAAGACUUGCUUGUUGCCUGAUAAAUCACCACAGAGUAAACGGAAGACCUCUGUCAAAAAGGACACAGUGGAUCCAUUGUUCCAAGAAACAUUAAAGUAUAAAACUGAGUAUUCCCAGCUGGAAACCCGACAGCUUCAGGUGUCCGUGUGGCACUCUGGAACUUUCAGACGCCGAGUUUUUCUUGGAGAGGUGGUGAUCUCAUUUGAAUCUUGGGAUUUUGAAGACAAUUCAACUCAGUCAUUCAGCUGGUAUCAACUCAAAGCAAAGCCUGAAAAAUCUGGAGAUAAUGUGGCUCAGUACAGUGGAGAACUUCUAGUCCGUGCAAAGCUGGUUUUACCUUCCCUGUGUAAAAGAUACCAGUAUGAAGAACAGCUGAAAGAAAAUACAGAGGGCUGGAGAACAGAAAAGGCACAUCCUGAUUACCAACUUCAUGUUAUAAUUCUUGGAGCCAGCAACUUGCCCAUGAUAAGAAGUGAUGGACUACUGAACUCAUUUGUUAAAGGCUGCCUUUCCAUUCAGGGGAAAAAGGACACAAGGCAAAGGACUCCUGUGCAGAAGAAGAAAGCUCAUCCACAGUGGAACCACCUAUUUGUUUUUAGCGGAGUUACAACAUCUGAGCUGCAUCAAUCUUCUCUAGACCUAACUGUAUGGGAUCAAGUAACAUUUGGCUUACGUGACCAGUUCUUGGGUGGAGCACGGCUUGGAAAAUAUAUACCCACUGGCAAUGUGGGUUCAACCUCCCAAGCAAGCCUUCAGUGGGAAAAAAUGCUGAACAGCCCAAACACAUGGACGGACAUAACACUUAUGCUGUAUCCUAAUGCUCCUGCAUUUAAAGUAUGAACAGUCAUGUACAAAAUGUCUCCUGGUUUAAGAGCAGAGGAAAAUCUAUUCAUAGCAUUUGUCAUUGCCUUGCCCAGACAAGUAGGGAUUUUAACCCUGAAAAAUAAAAGUCACA